GUGACAUAUGACACUAACAUUUAUUUUGCCACUUGCCACUUUAUAUUUUUUUUCAUAAAUGACCAAAACCAAUUUAUAGGUUUAUUCUAUUAUGUUAUUUUAGAUAAGUUGGAUGAAAAAAGUUAUUAAAAAAAUAAAUAUACCAUAUACCUAGUUUUCAGGAUGAUGCAAUUCAUGUUAUUAUUCAGUAGACAAGGUAAACUAAGGUUACAAAAAUGGUAUGUGGCUCAUCCAGACAAGCUCAAGAAAAAAAUUACAAGAGAAUUAAUCACAACUAUUUUAGCUAGAAAACCUAAAAUGUGUAGUUUUCUGGAGUGGAGAGACUUAAAAAUUGUUUACAAAAGAUAUGCAAGUUUGUAUUUUUGCUGUGCAAUUGAACAAUGUGACAAUGAACUCCUAACCCUGGAAAUUAUACACCGUUAUGUAGAGCUCCUUGAUAAAUAUUUUGGAAGUGUUUGUGAGUUAGACAUAAUCUUCAACUUUGAGAAAGCCUACUUUAUAUUGGAUGAGUUGAUGUUGGGGGGUGAAGUUCAGGAGACAAGUAAAAAGAAUGUUUUAAAAGCCAUUGCUGCCCAGGAUCUAUUACAAGAGGACGAAGCCGUAGAAGGCGCUUUAAGGGAUAUCGGUUUGCUGUAGAAAAUUUUUUUUCCGCACAACUUGCCAUUUGUGAUUAUUGGACCAGUGAUUCCAUAAAAAUAUUUUGAUUAUUUUUUAAAUGUUAUUCCUCUUUAUAUAUUUUAUACAGUAGAUGAUAAAUGUAGUUAGUUAAUUACUUAUACUUAGUUGGCUUAAAUUUGAUAUAAUUACAUUAACUCUGAUUACUAGUUAAAAAGUGUGGCCUUCAUUAUAUUAAAAUUUUUACAUUUUAUUUGAGUAACAAUAUACUUUAUAUUUAACACAUAUAAUAUUGCUUCAUGGUGCACUAUAUAGGUAAUAAGGUAGAGAAAGUAUAGUUUUUUAAUAUAAUAUAUUUAUAUUUUAACUGUUUAUCUCGGUUUAAUUUCUUUUUCUACUGUUCGCACUGAACUUAUUAAACUAUCUAUCUAACUCACUCUACCAUUAUAUGACAAUUACUUGUCAAUCUAUAAUUGCGGUAUCUACCAAAGUAAAUAGUACCGAAAUCUGAAGAGCUGAAGAAUUGCUCACAAAAAUGGAUUUUAUCAUAAAUAGUUGGAUAGAAAAAUGGUCAGGUUUAAGAUAGUCUUGAAUGUACCCUUUGAAUUGUCAAAGCAUUGGAGUGUUUGUACCAAUGAUAAGGAGGGAAUAUCAUUUGACCAGAUAGUGCAGUUUUAGAAAAGAAAUCUAGUAACUAUAAAUGAACUAGGUAUCAGUAUAAAACCGACACGUCGAAUAAUCAAUGACCAAUGAGUCGAUAGCAUGGUAGCUAAUUCCUUCGCUAGGUAAGAUCACUACUUGAACACACCCAUCGCGGUUUAAAUUCCUUGUAGCUCGUUCCAUUUCCACCAAAUAACAUAAAAAAAUACGGACUUAAUUGAAACUUUAAAUAAUAAAUCUACUAAUUUUCACAAUAAACUAGACACUUUUUGACUGUUAACAAUUUGACAUCCAUUAAUUGUUAAUUUCUCAUAGCCUACUUUAGGCUUGUUUAUUAAACUAAGCCUAAAAUGAGGAUUUAUUUAUGAAAAACAUCGCUAGUUGUUGACGUACCUAACUCUUUUAUUAUCCAACAUAAGCAAAUGAAUCAAAAAACAAAAUGUUAAGAAAGCCUAAGGCUACAAUCGAGUUUUAAUUUAAAUCACGUGUAUUUUUUAGUAUCUACAAAAAAAUCUUAAUUUUGUUGUAAAUAUUUGUUUUAUAAAAUACAGGGCCGGCGUAUCUCAGGCAGUAGUAUGCUUGACUCGAGUGUUGGUAGGCCGGGGUUCAAAUCCCACCGCCGGCAAGAACAACUCGACAUUUUUAAAAAUGUCUAUAGGCCCCAGGUCGACUCAGCCUUGGGUAAAACCAGGGGUAAUAACGGGCGGUUGAAGGGUAGCACUGGCCCUGUUACCUUCCUUGUAUACCGUAGGUCCUAGAUAUAGCAGACUACCCUGCUAUAAUCCCAAAGCCGCGUCAGCGGUAUAAAACGGGAGACUAUUAGGUGUAGAAUACAGAAUCAUUUAAUUUUAUUAUAGAAAAUUAAAAACUACAAUAAUAACGUUUAGAGAUAAAUAGAAAAGUUGCAGGUUGUUUUUCACUGACAUAAAAAUAAUGAAAGAAAUGCGAAAAAAUUUUUUGUACUAAUACAUUAUUAUUUAAUGUACAGUAUCCUCGGACCACGGAAUAGCAAGACUUUCUUUAACACCAACAACUGGAUAAACAUCUUGCAAGUCAGUUGUUGUCAGAGUGCUUUGUUGAAGACCAAUAUCGGUUUCAUUAAGCCACUCGGCCUCAUCAUUUUCACGCACUAGGCAGAGAAUCUCUCUCGAUCUACCGUUCGAUCGUCGCGUGAGGAUGCGGAAACGUCGAAUAUUGUGCCUCUCUCCACUGCAUUUAAAACGUUAGAAUCAGUAUGGUUGUAUACUGAACUAUGUGCUUUAGCUUUUUUAUUUGUACACAAGUAUAAAGCACUCAGCUGGCAUGUAAUUUCCAACAGUAGACGAUCCUUCUGCAAGCUAGGGCAAUAGAGGUUAUAAUCAGUCUGCUGAAACAUACGUUGGAGUAAUUUCAAGAUACCGACGUAGAAGAAAUGGACGAAACCUUUUGCCAUCAUGCUGUUGAGGCUUUGAAAUAUAUAUGCCACUGGACGACUGCAAAAUCGCGCGAUCAUCAUACUUCACCACCUGGUGAUUUCGCGUUCGAUUCGAUUUUGUACGCGAAAAUAAAUACACGUUACGCCGCUUUUCUGUUAAGUAUCGUGCGUUUGCCGAAAAAAUAAAUACACGUGAUAUAUUACUAUACCCCCCCCCCCAUGUGAUAUUCCGUGAUUUUUUAUGGACCCUCCCCCUUUUCGAGUCUCAGUGAUUAAUGGACAGCCCUUAUCAGAAGGUUCCAACUAGUUUGGUGCAAUGAUGGUUUUGGCCAUCGACCAUUAUGAGUCAAUUUUUAAUUAAACUAUUUAAAAAAAGCCUAUUUAUGUGGUGUAGAGAUUGUAUCUGAAUAAACACCGUAAUUAAAUAUCAACUUGUUUAAAACAGAGCUAUUGUAUGAUAUAAACAAUCAAUGUUUUAUGAAAAUUAUUCAGAUUUUGGUUUAGUUUCGAUGUACCUCGUUUUCAAAAUACUAUAAAUCAUAAAAAUUUAUAAUAUAAUACAAACCAUAAUAUAUUAGAAUAUAUGAAUCAUGAUUGCAAUAUUAUGUGAUUAUGUCUCUACGAAGUAUAUCACAUAAAUAUUUUAUAUUUUGAACAAUUUGUAAAAUGAUUGUAUUUGUGAUUAUAUCAAUUAGCCAAUCUGCCAAUUAUUGUUAUUAAGAUGAAAUUUACGUGGUAGUUUAGAUUAAAUGUAUAAACGUAAUGCUGUCUUUCUGUAGUAAAUGUUUAAUCCAUUACUCUGUUAAGUAUAAAAAUCUUCCGUUAUAUCUUUACUUCCGCUAUUUAGAGUAUACGAUAUUUAUACAUAUUUAAAAUUUUAGACAACACGUAUACUGUAAGAUGUAAUUGAUAAUUUGAAUUGAAUAUUCAUAAUUAACUUUUUUAAACAUCUAAUCAUGUUCUUAAUAUAAUCUUCGUUUUAACAGUCUUUAAGUAGUUUAAAAUCCUCUUGAAUUUUCCUUUACUUAAGGUAUAUUUAAAGUCAGCAAUAAUUACAAAACGACAAAACAUUAAUAUAUUUUGAAAUCUAGUAGAGAAAUAUUUUUAUACUUGAUAGAGGCAACAGGAUCAGGUCUAGAUCGGUAUAUUUUUUUGUUGAAUGGGUUUUUACGUGAACUAUUCAAAACAAUUUUUUAUUCAGGUAUAUGAAUUUUUAGUUUAGUUAGUAAUACCACUAAUUUUUGCCUCUACCAUAUUUGCUAAUAUAUUUAUUGGCAUUGUGAAAUGACAUGGUUUGCUUAUAAGGCAUGAGAAGAGAGGUGAAGAGAAAUAUAAUAUAUUAGUAUAAAAAGAAAGUUUCUUCAGAACAAAAUUAUAUACAAUAAUUAGGAGAGCUUAUCCAAGAUCGUCCGACUAACAUGAAACUUAAGAUAAAGAUGGUGUAAGAGAAUUGCCAGAUAACUAAAUGACGUAACAAAGAAAGCAGGUAUUUUUUCACACAUUUUCCAACGAUAUUCCAAAUUAUUACUUAAUAUCUACUUGUAAAUCUAUGAAUCCAAAUUCUCGAAUUAUCCAUUUACAGCAACGAUUACCUUGGAACUACAAUACAUUUUUUACAUUUUCCAGAUCUGCAAACAGUUAAUAAUCGCUGUGAACCAAAUCUGGGGAAUAUGGCAAAUUGAACACUAAUGUGUUCGUUGUUCUAAUGGAAAAGUACCUUGUCUAUUAUUUUUGUAUAUAAUAUGGUGUCUAUUAUUUGGACUAUUCUUUGGUUUCGGGAGUACAAUGGUUACGAUUCCCACGAUGUCCUUUAUCUAACGCUCCUCUACUCAACGUUUAUUGAACAAAAUUAUGGCGUACUUUAAUAUUUGAGAUACACACGAUGUACUUUUUGAUCAUCUUCUAUUCAAUAGUAGCUUUUACCGUUCACUACGGUGUUUAUUAUUUGCGCACGGGCAGGUAGAAUUAGGCAAGAUAAUUUUUAACCAUUGAGAACUGAUGAUGGUAUUAAAAAAAUACAGUGAAAUCUGUGUAAAAGAAAUCGUAUGUUUUCCAUAUGCCGGUAAUGAUAAAAGUUUUCGUCAUGGAUAAGAUUCGGUGUUAGGCAGUGUCCACGUUGCUCAAGUUUCAUUGUAUUUUAUCACGAGUCGCAGUUUUCACCAUUGGUUACAAAAUCAGAACACGUUACAUUAGCAGAAGAACAACAAGGUUUUAGGUCGGGAAGAUCAUGCACCGACGCUAUAUAAUGAGGCAGGUUCAAGAGCAAUCGUUAGAAUACAACAAACCGGCAUACUUAUGUUUCGUGGACCUUAAGAAGGCAUUUGAUAGGGUAAAAUUAAAGGACGUUAUCCAUUUAUUAUACGCAAGAGACGUACCUCUAGGAAUAAUUAAAACGAUCGAAAAUAUCUACCAGAACAACGCAAUAAAAGUAAAAGUAGAUGAAGAACUAACCGACCCAAUUCAAGCUGUCAAUGGGAUAAGACAGGGAGACUCCCUGAGUCCUCUAUUGUUCAACUUGAUCAUGGAUGAAAUAAUAAAAAAAUUAAGAACAAAAAAAGGAUACCAAAUGGGAGAAAAAAAAAUUAAGAUAAUCUGCUAUGCAGGCGACGCAAUACUAAUCUCUCAGAGUGAAGAUGAUUUACAACGUAUGUUGCACCAAUUUAAUAUAACCGCUAGAAAAUUUAACAUGUUAAUUUCCCCAAAAAAGACUAAAUGCAUGGUUAUAAAAUCAAAUCUAAUAAGGUGUAAAUUAGAGCUGGAGGGUCAGAUAAGAGAACAAGUCAUGGAGUUUAAAUAUCUAGGCAUCACACUAUUUAGCUAAGGAAAGCUCAAAACAGAAUUGCAAGAUCAGGUGAAUAAAGCAAACAAAGCCGCAGGUUGCCUGGUUGCCUGAAUGAAACAAUAUGGAUAAAUAAAAAUAUCGGAAGAGAAGUGAAAAGCAGAAUUUACAAAACAGUCAUAAGAACAAUAAUGACCAAAUUAUGAACAAAGACAAAAAUAAUGCUAGAAACAGUAGAGAUGAAAACACUUCGAAAAAUCGAUGGUAAGACACUAUGGGAUAGAGCUAGAAGUGCAGAUAUACGACGGAGAUGCAAGGUGGACAACAGAAGAGUAGAAUGAAACGACCACAUAAGCCGAAUGACAACGAAUAGAGUAGUACAGACUGCGAGAGACGGCUCCCCAAUAAGAAGACGAUCAGUGGGAGACCACGAAAACGAUAGAAUGACAACUUACUGGAGGCACAUUGAAAAACAGACAGAGUCUUGUCUACACAAAAAUAAGAAGAAGAAGAAGAAGAAGGUUACGAAAUCACACGAGUCAUCAUUCACUUUUGAAUUUUGUCACAAAUACACAAAUUCACACAUCGUCCUGUAUUACCAUAUUCAAAACUGAUUCUAUAAAUAAUGGUAAAGAAGGUUCCGCCCAUUUUGCGCCUUCUCCGUAUUAGGUAUGUCGUUAUUAAGAAUCCCCGUAAUUACUGGUCUGAUUUCGAUAUGAAAGUGAACAAUAACUCAUGUUGGUAUUUGUUUUUAAUAAUCGGUUUUUAUGACCUUUUGCUUUUUCUUCUUCAGAUUCCAUGCCCUCGUCUGAACCAGAUUUGCUCUCAAAUAAAGUUAUCUGUUUUUGUUAAAGUCAAAGCAAAGUAACAAAGAUUACUUUCAUACGCUUCUCGUUGAAACAAAAGAAAAUUUAAGGACUUCAGGAGUGAGUACUUCCACUGGCAGUGAUAACAGCUUGCAAACGAAGAUACAUACCUUGGAUCACAUUCCGCCGAAAAUUGUGCCAUUACUUCUCCACUAUGUCGUGAAGCUCGGUAGAAUGUCUGGUAGCCAGCACAUGUCUCCCCAUCUCAUCCCAAAUAUUGCAAUGGGAUUUAAAUCUUGACUACGAGCAGCUUAAAUAAAUUGCGUGAUUUGAAACUCGUUAAGAAACUCAGUUACUAUCCGACCAGUAUGAGGUCGGGUAUUAUCAUGCAUAAAUAUUGCGUCGUCUUUUUGAAUAAUUAUAAAAACAAAACGGUCGGUCUUCUAAAACCUAUGCCAGGUACCUACGUGCAGUAAACGUCCAAUUCUAGAUGAAGACUAACUCCGUGCAAACAUCAAAAGAUAUAUCUCACUAUGCACCAUAAUAUAAUGAUUGUACGCCAAAUGAAAAUCGCUCUUCAAUACACAUUUGAACAUUUCUCUCGCCUUCUUCUUCAUGUGCUAUCUCCUCUUAGAAGGUCGGCAACCAUCAUGGCAAUCCACACUUUCCAUACCGCUGUUUUAAAGAGAUCGGCAGAAGUGCAGUUAAACCAAGCUCUCAAAUUGUUUAACCAGGAUAUGUGUCUUCUUCCACGACUACUUCUACCCUGUAUUCUUUCUUGUAUUAUUAACCGUUACAAGUUAUAAAGCUCGCCCCUCAUGACAUGUGCCAGAUAUUGAAGUUUUCUAACUUUAAUUAUAUUUAAACCUCUCUUUCUUUUCGUAUUCUUCCCAACAUUUCGACAUUCGUGACUCUAUCCACCCAACUUAUUAUUAAUAUUCUUCUGUAGGCCCAUAACUCGAAGGCUUCUAGUCUGUCUGAAACAUCUUUCUUUAAUGUCCAAGUCUCCAACCCAUAGAAUAAGAAGUCUUAUCUUUAAAGAGUUUGUAAUAUCUCUGCUACAGAAUACUUUUUUCAGUUUGUUGAAAGCAUUUCUUGCCUUCUCUCACCUGGUCGUCGCCAAACUCAUAACUCAUACCCGUUUAUAUGAGCCGCUAGACAGAAUUGCAAUUUAUCACAAAUCAAUACAUUCCAAUCAGUUAUUGUCCAAGGCAAGUAGUGUUCUCGUGCAAAAUUCAAUCUGGCUCACUUGGUUUGAGAUCAUUUCGAGAAGAACAGUUCUCUGUUUAUAACCUGGUCAAUCCAUAAUAUUAGAGAUAUAUCGCAAAGACAUUUUUAUCGCACGCUAAUAGCGGAAUACGCUAUUUUGACAUGUAUGCAAGCGCAGAGUGAAUGUUACGCUAAUACCAGAUAAAGUGUCCCGCUAUUUAGGUCGAAAUAAGGGACGGUAAUAACGUUAACGCUAAUUUGACAUUUGGGAUGAAACAAAAAUAAUUUGUAGAAUACAAAUUUUAUAAACUAAAAAUUGUAAAUUAUCUUGUUUCCUGUGUUGAGAAAUGCUUGUGUACAAAUUUUGUCUACAAUAGACUACUUUUUUUGCUUAGGAUAUUAGUUAUUCAGAUAUUUUAUAUUAUUUUUAUACUGAUUAUUUAUAUGUAUUGUUGGUUAAAUUCAUAAAAUUAAAAUGCAUGUCAACCCGCUCAAUAUCCAAAUUCAUUUUUCAAUAAAAAAACACUUACAGUAUUCCUCAACAUUAAUUUCUGGGUUACAUUUAAUUCCAAACGUCGGUUGUCAUAAUAACGUUAAGCCCCGCCCCAAAACAUUUGCGAUAACUCUCUUGAUGCCUGUGUUGAAAUAGACCGUUAUCCUUUAUUUACAUCUUGCCACGUUAUUAACGUUAACCUUUGCGGUAUCUCUCUAUAGGGCUUUUCAUUCACAGUCAUUUGUUUCGAGCUUCUGUCAUGUGUCACAUAAAAUUAAUAUAUCUACGUCAUACGUUAUUCGUAUUACCAAUGAUAUAAACCAAAGACGUAUGACGUAGAUAUAUUAAUAUUAUGUGACAUAUGACAGGAGCUCGAAACAAAUGACAAUCGAUGAAAAGCCCUAUUCUAUUCUCAACAGACACCAUUAACAAUCGCAUUUCAAUAACUUCAAUCUGUCUUUUCAGUUCGGUCUUUUUUAGACCAGGCUCCGAACUAUGAAACGGUCGCGAUGAAAACAAUAGCAUUUUCUAUUUUAUUAACACAAAAAUUUACACUUUUAUUAUUUUACACUGUGAAUAUAACGUCGACGUAAUUAGUAACAAUUAACCUUUCUUGAAAAUAAUUUUUGGCCUUUUGUUUAAAAAGCAGAAACCUGUUUAGUUAUAAACUGUUUGUUAUUUUUUAGUGUUAUUAAUUUACAAUUUUAUACGGAUUUAGAAAGUUGAUAUUUACAUCAACAUUAAUAUUAUCUAUAUUAUCUUUAAUCAGUUGGCUUAUGACUUUAUUACUUAGUUCGCAGUAAAACUCACGCAUUUAACACAACAUUUUUAGAACUUAUUCUGUUGCACUGCAUUUGUAAUUAAUUGUCGUUUCUUUUCUAAAUUUUGUAUUAGUAUUAGUAUGUACUAAACAUGUUUUUUAGUUGUUUUUUCUUAGUUUGUUUUAAUAGAUAUGCAACUUCUUAA